UCAAGCCGCGGGCUCCAGUGCGUACGCUGGGCCCCUCUGGGCCCUCCCCCGCCUCUUGCGGGCGGCGCGCGCGGGAUGCUGGACGCCGGCGGCGCGACGGCGGCCUCUCUGGUGGACGUGGCAGUCCACGCGGCAAUUCGGGAAGGCGCGCCUUGCUGAACCGGUGCAACCGCCGCAGCGACCGUGGCCAUGGCGGUCAUGUCUGUGCGGCGUGGCGACGGCCCGCGCGAGAGCGCCGCCAAGCAGGCUGCUCCUGCCGCGGCUCCACGGAUGAACGUCGGAGGAGGAGGAGGAGGAGGAGGAGGAGGAGGAAGAGGACGAGGCGUCUUGUGGCAUUCUCUGAGCCUCCUUGGGGCCUCCUGGGAGUUUCCUGGACAAACAUUCUCGAGGGCCCCGAUGCUGGUGGCGCCUGGCCGCCCGGCGGCACGGAUCGCGGCGCAGGUGAAGGCCGGGGCGCGCUGGGGCGCGACGGCGGAGGCGGCAGCGGCGGCAGGGCGCUGCUCCCGGCGAGGGUGGCCGCCGCCGACGCAGCUCCUGGGCGGCCUGCGAGGGCGCAGAGGAGGCGCGGGCGCAGGAGGAGCUGGAGGCGACGAGGACGGGUGCGAGGAGGCUGGAUGGGGGGCCAUGCGGCGGCGCCUGCCGAACUAACGGCUGCCGCUGCUGCGGCGGCGGCUGCGGCACUCGGCGGGCGGCGGCGUCGGCCGCCGCCGUCGCUGCUGGCUAGCCGGAGGGCCGGGCCUUGAGGGCGCGGCGGGGCUGCUUUGGGGGAGGUUCGGGGUCCGCCUGGUUUUGGUCG